AUGAAAUCAACAUCAAUCCUCCUUACCGGCUUCCUAGCCACCCUCUGGACUGCAGCUCCAACAUCGGCCUUCUUCCGCAUGCCCUGUCCGGGUCGUCUUGUCGAUGAACGAGCUGACCCCAUCGUCAGCCCCGGCGCGAUGUCCGGACAUGUGCACUCCAUCGCUGGUGGAAGCGGAUUCGGCUUCAACAUGACUUACCAGGAUGCCCGUGCCUCUUCAUGCUCUUCCUGCCCAAUCAAGGCUGAUUUGUCGAACUAUUGGGUUCCGCAUUUGUAUUAUCGUGCCCAGAAUGGGACGUACGUUCAGGUUCCCAUUUCGGGAGAUGGAAGGGGAAAUCUUGGUGGUAUUACGGUCUACUACCUCCAACGACCCGGUGCAAACAAGGACCCCCUCAAAGCCUUCCCUGAAGGAUUCCGUAUGCUCGCCGGAGACCCCUUCAGACGCAACUUCACCGGUGACUUUGCCGCUCAAGGCGUCAGCUACGCCUGCUUGGACUACAACGGACCAGCAAGACCCGAAACCAACGGAUUCCCUAACUACAACUGUGCCGACGGUCUACGUGCCCAGGUCUUCUUUCCAUCCUGCUGGGAUGGAAAGAACCUAGACUCUCCAGACCACAAAUCUCACAUGUCGUACCCUAUUUCCGGCGCUUACAAUGAUGGUGUUUGCCCGGAUACGCAUCCCGUGCAUUUGGUUUCGAUCUUCUAUGAGGUUAUUUUCCAGACCAAUUUGUUCGCGGACCAGUGGUGGGAUAACAAGCAGCCUUUUGUCUGGUCCAUGGGUGAUCCUACUGGAUAUGGGUUCCAUGGUGACUUUGUCAACGGCUGGGACGUCAACACCCUCCAAUACGCUGUCGACCACUGCCUCGACAACAGCGGAAACAUAGCCGACUGUCACGCCGCAGACGGCUCCCAAUUAUUCGAUCUCUUCACCGACGAAGAGUCCAAAUUCUGUACUCUCCCGGCUUUUAUCGAUGAGACCAUCGGUCCCGUUGUCAAUGCCCUCCCGGGCUGUAACCCCGUCACUUACGGCCCCGAAGAAGCUACUCCAUCGAAAUGUGAUAAUAGUGCUGUUAUCACCGAUGCGGUGCUGAAAAAUUAUUACACCGAUGUUACGCAUAGUCUUGGAUGGGAGUAUGUCGGAUGCGCGUUUGAUGAUGUUUCGUCCAGGACACUGGAUGGUUCGAAUGAGAGCCAGGGUGAUAUGACGGUUGAGCAGUGUAUUAGCUUCUGCUCGAAGGCGGGCUAUUCGUAUGCUGGAUUGGAGUAUUCGACUCAAUGUUACUGUGGAAACUCAAUCGCCCCGGCCAAGGCACCCAUCGCCGGUGUCGUGGGUGGUUGUCUCUUCCCCUGCGGUGGAAACUCGACGCAAAUGUGUGGAGGAUCUAAUGCGCUAUCGGUCUACCGCAACUGUGCUGGUGGCUCUUCUUGCAGCAAUGCCAAUAUCGGUGCGAUUGAGGGUGCUGCUUCGGUAGCUGGUUCUGGUGCGGUUGGAAAAAUCGCUUCAGCACCAGCAUCGGCUUCAGUUGCAACAACAUCAAUCGCAGCUGGUGCUACAUCCCUGGUGGGAGCUACAUCGUCGACUGCGCCUGCAGUUGCUGAUGUGGUAACUUCAAAGACUACCUUCGUCGGCGCUACUUCUGUCCCUGCUGCUACUGAUAUUGCUGUGGUUACGGGUGGGGAGGAGGUUGUUCAGGUCACUUCUACUAUUACAAAGACUGGCCAUAUGAAGACCGUCACGGUGACAGUGCCUGGUCCUACGGUUAUUGUCACCGUCACUGCCACAGUUUGA